GCCACACACGGUGUGUGCCGGGAUAUUGGAGGACCACCGCAGCACCUUUGUCAACUCGUCUAUGGAAAGGGAGCGUGAGCGGGAACUUUGGUUUGGCUUUUACUCUCAAUCCACGGCCGUUUGGAAAGUUUUUCUCCCCGGAAUAUAGUGGUGCACAGUAGCGAGGCCUGGGAGGAAUUUCGUUUGAACUUGCUACACCACAAUGGCAGAAACUCCACAGCAGGAUGACUUGGAAACAAUCGGAAAGCUGAGGGUCCAAGACUUCCUUCUUCAUUUCCAGAUGGUCAAACAAGGUGCCGAAGCCAAAAUCUACAGGGGCAACUUCCUUAGGAAGCCAACAAUUGUGAAGGAGAGAUUCUCCAAAUCGUAUCGACAUUCUGCCCUGGAUAAGAAACUCACCCAUCGCAGGACUACUCAGGAAGUACGAUCAAUCCUCAGGUGCAGGAAAGCUGGUAUUGCAACCCCUGCGGUGUAUUUUGUGGACUACAAUGCAAAUUGCAUCUACUUCGAAGAUUUAGUUGGGGCUAUAACUGUCCGUGACUACAUAACUUCCAUUCACAGCUCUGCAACAGAUACAGCAAAGCUCUUCCCCUUGGCGGAAAGAAUUGGGCAGAUCCUGGCAAAGAUGCACGAUGAGGAUGUUGUCCAUGGGGACCUCACUACCUCAAACAUGAUGAUACGGCAGCCUGAGGAAGAGUUGAGAUUGGUGCUGAUAGACUUUGGUCUAAGUUUUAUCUCUGCUUUGCCAGAGGAUAAAGGGGUCGAUCUUUAUGUUCUGGAGAAAGCUUUCCUGAGCAGUCACCCCAACACAGAAAAUGUGUUCAAAGUUUUCCUUAAGACCUACUCGACCGCUUCUAAAAAAUCAGGCCCUGUGCUAAAAAAACUUGAAGAAGUUAGGCAGAGAGGGAGAAAACGAUCAAUGGUUGGAUAACGAAAGUAUUUUUAUUUUUUUUGUUUUUUUCUUAACCCUUUAUUGUAAAGACUUCGUCAAACUCUGUAAAUAAAAAAGGUCUGGAUUCAAGAUGAUA